AUGGAUCACCCGCUAUCUUUCCUGCUGGACUUGUCGGCUCCUGGUGAUGGUGUAUCACUAGGUGAUCAUUUGGCAGCCCAUGUUACCGACAAUGGACGUGUCAAAACCCUCCUAGAUUGUCUGCCCUCAACAAACAAACGUGCACUUAUUUCUCCGGACCUAUCGCGUCCGCCAUUGACGCACCGCAUGCUGAAGCAAUUUGUGGCAUCAUUUACGCUGCCCAACAGUCCUCAUAUUAAGCCACUCGAACAAAACAACCGUGUCAUGAUGGCUCUUCCAACAGGCCCUGAGAACGCUUUGGCGUUGCUUUGCAUUGCCUGUUACUUUAGCUGUGCACCUGUAAAUGCCAGUUGCACAGCUGAAGAGCUGCGUGAUGAUUCUUUACGUCUGGGAGCUCGUGCUGUAAUUUCGACCGUGGACUCCAUCGAGCGUCUGGAGUUGGAUCGCCUUUACAGAGAGCACGGUAUUGAGAUUCUUCUUCUCGAGCCUCGUCCAUCAGGGCCUGCAGGUCUCUUUGACAUAUCCCUCAUGGUAGAAGAACAACCAGGAUCACGUCAGCGUGGCCCUCUCACCCCAAACAACCUGAAAAGUCAGGCUUUGGUUCUGCAUACUUCAGGCACCUCUGGUAAAAAGAAGGUCGUGCCGUAUUCCAUGCGCCAUUUGAUUGUCGGCGCUUGCUGCGUUAUUCAAAGUUGGAACUUGCACCCUAACCAAGUAAAUAUGAACAUGAUGCCGCUUUUCCAUGUUGGUGGUAUUGUGAGAAACCUGUGGGCACCGGUCUUGUCUGGCAGCAGUACCAUUCUUUGCAGUGGAUUUGACCCAAACGCAUGGUGGACGCUCACGACUCAGCUGGGUGCCACGUGGUACUACGCUGCUCCAACUAUGCACCACGCAAUUUUGGCAUCUAAGCCAGCUGAAAUCGACCCUUCGACCCAGCUUCAAAUUCGAAUGAUCUGUAACGCUGCUGGUGGAUUGUUGCCGUCGUUGGCUAACGAACUUCGUGCCACUUUCAACUGCACGGUCUUACCCUCUUAUGGUAUGACUGAAUGUAUGCCGAUUGCAUCACCUCUUAUUACAUAUCAACUCGAGCGUCCUGGUUGCUCUGGCAUUGCUUGCGGCCCUCACCUUAGCGUUCGAGACCAGCUUGAUAUCACAAAAGAGCUCGAACGCGGCAAGACGGGCGCCGUUUGUGUAAGGGGUCUCCCAACCUUCAGUGGUUACGAGCUUGAAAACGGUGAACUCGAUACUUCCGUUUUUACGAAAGACGGAUGGUUUGACUCAGGUGACUGUGGUCACAUGGACGAAGAUGGCUACUUGUACAUCACCGGACGUUCUAAAGAAAUUAUCAACAAAGGUGGUGAAGUCGUUUCGCCUUUCGAAGUAGAGGAGGCGAUUACCCAAGCCUGCAAGGGGCGCGUCAAACAGACGCUGGCUUUCUCUGUUGAGCACAAGGUACUACAGGAAACGAUUGGCGUCGUGAUUGUGCCCGAAGCUGGCCAACCUCGUAUCGGUCUGGUCGAGCUGCAGAAUUCGCUCCGGAGUUACUUGCAUCCAUCCAAGUGGCCUUUCGUGAUGGUUUAUAUGGAUGACUUGCCGAAGAAUCAAGCAGGUAAACCGCUGCGUAUUAAACUUGGCUCGCGUUUGGGUAUCACGUCAAUGUCGGAUGAUGUACCCGCUCUUGAUCGUCACUUUGAGGCCAAGGCUCCCUCAAAGGAUGUGCCUCUUUCACGUCCCAUUCCUUGCUCCCGUGUGACUGUGGAUUCGCGCGCUGUUCAGCGUGCUUGCUACCGUAUUCCUGGUGUAUUGGAUGCAGCUGUCUCACAACAGCGAGACCGAUCCCUCAUGGCAUACAUUCAGGUGUCAGAAGAUGCUGAGUUUGAGGCAGCAGAUAUUGAUCGCGCACUUGGUCAGAUCCUGCACGGCUAUGCCGUGCCAAACCCUCUACAUGUUUUCCGUCAGCCACUGAUCAAAAGGGAUGGCGAUUACGAUUUCGCUGCGAUGGAAACUAUCGUACGUGAACAAAACGCCGCGUCCAUGUCACAAACGUCGAUUCUUGUCAGUACUAUCAUUGGAAACCUGCUCGAUCUCGACCCUGGCUCGAUUACUGAUGAAUCCGACUUCUUCCUUUUGGGUGGUAACAGCUUGCUUCUUGGUCGACUUAUUUUCAUGAUCCGCAAAGAAACGGAUGUGAGCCUCGAAGUCUCGUCACUCUUCGUUAACUCUACAGUAUCCAAGAUUGCAGCUCUCAUCGAUGAACAACGUAAUGCAGGUUCAUCAGAAGAACAGGACUUCUACCAGAUCGACGAAAAAGGUGCAGGGCUCUAUUCUUCUGCGAAUCUUGCGCACAAUUAUGACGACUCGGACCCGGCAUUCUCUUCACAUGGCAAUAAGCCACGCAGUCAAACACACCCACUGGUCAUAUUCGUUCAAGCCAUUCCAUUCCUAUUCUUUUAUCCUCUAAAAGCUGCGUGGACUUGGACGAUCAUUCUCCAUGGCCUGGCAUUUUUCGCCUUCUACAUUGAAGACUCAAUCUGGCAGCGGAUUGGUGCACUGCUGUGUUCCGUUGCGAUUGCGCGUGUCACGAGCCGUGUUAUAUGUCCCGUUGCGGCAAUUGCAUUCAAGUGGGUAGUAAUCGGUCAUUACCGGCCCGGCAAGUACCCCAUGUGGUGCAAUUACCAUUUGCGUUGGUGGAUUGUCAACCAGUCGCUCCGCACAAGCGGGCGAGGUGUUUUCGCACUGACGCCCGGCUUGAUGAAGUUGUAUUUCCGUCUAUUGGGUAUGAAGAUUGGCAAGGACGUGAGUAUCGAUCAAAGGACAAGGUUUGGUGAGCACGACUUGAUAACAAUUCAUGAUCGUGCACAGCUUGAUCGUUGCUACGUUCGCGGUUUUUGUGUUGAACGUGACGGCUUCUUCCGUCUGGAGCCAAUUGUCAUUGGUCGUGACUGCGUCGUCAACACGUAUACGUUUAUAUCGCCUGGUGCUCGCCUGGCUGAUGGCACUGUGUGGGGUCCACAAUCCUCGUCGCACGAGCCGCCAUCACCUGACUCGUAUGCAGCGUACAACAGCGGGUCGGUUCGUCAGCCACACAUCCUAAUUCGCUUGUUGAUUGGCUAUCCGAUCGUUAUUCUUGUGCGCCUUGUCUCUUAUGUUCCUUGGUAUGCCUCUCUGUGCUUGCUAUUGUCGACACCAUUCGGUUUCGAUUCCACCGACUCACUACGAAGCGUCAUUGCCUGGUACGCGUACCCUCAUCGUAUCGGAUACCACUUCUUCGCUCGUAUCAUUCGCAAAAUCCUGCCUCCGCUGGUCAACUUGGUGCUUGGCCUCAUAAUCAAGCGAUGCCUUGGUCUCAACCAACCUGGCUCAAUGCGUAAUGCCAGCCAGUUGGUUCUAUUCCGUCGUUGGAUGACCUCGCAGUUGCUGAGCCAGCAUCAUCUCAAGCGCGCAUUCGAAAUUAUCGGUACGCACUACGAAAUGACUUCGGUCGUUUUUCGUAUUAUGGGUGCUAAAAUCGGUAAGCGUGUGUACUGGCCUGGCUCGGGUAUUUAUUGCCCUGACCCAGAGUUGCUGGAGGUAGGUGAUGAUGUGGUCUUUGGCUCGCGUUCCGAGGUCAUUACUUCGGACUCGAUUAGCUUCGAUCCUAUCCGCAUAAGCCGUGGUGCAAUGAUUGCUGACCGUGUGGUGCUCCUCCCGGGUGCUACUAUUGGUACUCAGUGUGUUAUGGGCUCAGGUGCUCUAGCUCGCCGUAAUGGCAACUACGAAGACCGUUCUGUUUGGAUGGGCUCGAAGAAUGGUGAGGCUGUCAGCUUUGGCAAGUCGCAAGGUCCUGCUGAGCUUGGUGAGGAAGACACAAUCACACCAUUCGGUCGUGCAUACUACCAGCGUCGUGCGAACUACUUUGUGAUGCCUUACCUGAUGAUCGUUGCUCUCAAUGUGCUUUUGCAAGCCGUCGCUGCCGCUUAUUGGGCAGGUGGUUUCGCUGCAACAGUCGUUGCUAUCAACCGGAUCGUUCAGACCUUCUUCGAUCGUUCAGACUUUUUGUUCCCUGAUCACUGGUAUCGACCUGCUUUCUUGUACCUGUGUAUCUGCAUUUUCUUUGUUGUUAUUUUGCCAGGACAGGCCAUUAUUUCCCUUCUUUGGCUGAUUGUGACGAAGUGGAUAAUCAUUGGUCGACGUCGAGAAGGAAAGUACAACUGGGAUCAGAGCAGUUACUGUCAGCGCUGGCAGACGCACCUCACGCUGCAAAAGCCAACAAUGCAAGGUUAUGGUGGUUACAUUUUCCACAAUUUGUCCGGUACAGUGUUUGCUGUGUGGUUCCUGCGUGCAUUGGGUGCGCGGAUCGGCAAAGACUGUGCGAUUUGGGCCGGAGGUAAACCUAGCCUCACGCUCACAGAGCCAGAUCUUGUAACGAUGGGUGACAAUGUAUCAAUCGAUGACUGUUCAGUUGUGGCACACAUCAACUCGCGUGGUCAGUUUAGUCUGAAUCGCCUGCGUAUAGGCGAUGGAUGCGCCAUGCGUACUGGUAGUCGCUUGUUGUCCGGUGCCAGUAUGGAGUCACAGUCCAUGUUGCUUGAACACACUCUUGUGGCCUCUGGUGAAAUUACAGAGAGUUGGGCUGUCUAUGGUGGCUGGCCAGCCCGUCGCCUUAAUUUAUUGCGACCCUCUCCGCUAAAGGCAUAA